CCUCUUCCCACACGACCACUACGGCACUCGGUACCGGCACUAGUGUUCGGCGUGGCAGCCGCGACUACGUAUAAAAUGAGGGCGGGAGACCUAGCCCUCUGCGUUGUCAAUUCAAGUUUCCGGUUAAUCCAUAUCAGUGGCAACCCAAAUCGUGGUCGACCACCUCGCAAACCCUGGUAUCCAACGCGGGCAAAUAAUCACAGACUACGGUCCCUCUCUCGGUCUUGUUGAAACAUCAACACCAGUGCAUCUAUACAGACUACCGCCACCAUGAAGAUGUCGAAUGUUCUCAAUGAUGGCAACGUGAUCGUGGAAGCAAAAGUCAACCGCGUCAACGGUACACCCAAGAGUUCAAUUCUUCAUCGGCACAUCCACCACGACCCGAUAACGGUCAAAGCGGCAUCUGGGAACUAUCUAGAGCUAAGCGACGGCCGGAAGGUGCUGGAUGCCACUGGCGGCGCAGCUGUGUCAUGUCUUGGACAUGGGAAUCAGCGAGUCAGGGAGGCCAUUGCCCGGCAGAUGGGUGAGGUUUCAUACUGCCAUUCCCUCUUCUUCGGUACUACAGCAGGAGAGGCGCUCGGGAAAGAGUUGAUCAAUGGGACUGGCGGAAGGAUGGCGAGAGCAUUCAUAGUCAGCUCAGGGUCUGAAGCUAUGGAGGCAGCAAUGAAACUUGCACGGCAAUACUUCUUGGAGUUGUCUCCCUCGCAGCCGGCUCGUACGAACUUCAUUGCUCGAAAGGAGUCGUAUCAUGGAACGACACUGGGUGCUCUUUCCGUAGGUGGACAUGUGACACGCCGCAAAAUCUAUGAGCCCAUGCUUUUGGGCAACACUAGCUUGGUUUCGGCCUGCAAUGCCUAUCGCGGCCAGCUCAAAGGAGAAAGCACGGAAGGUUAUGUCGCGAGGCUGGCAAAAGAGUUGGAGGAUGAGUUUCUACGACUAGGACCAGAGACAGUCUGCGCUUUUGUAGCUGAACCUAUUGUUGGCGCGGCACUUGGUUGUGUUCCUGCCAUCCCCGGAUACUUCAAGGCUAUGAAGGGCGUUUGCGAUAAAUACAGCGCGCUUCUGAUCCUCGAUGAAGUCAUGAGCGGCAUGGGCCGUUGCGGAACGCUUCACGCCUGGGAGCAAGAAGGUAUCGUCCCCCACAUCCAGACUAUUGGUAAGGGUCUCGGUGGAGGGUAUGCUCCGGUCGCUGGACUCCUCAUCGGACACCGCGUCCUCAAUACUCUCGACAAGGGUACUGGUGCAUUUGCACAUGGUCAAACGUACCAAGGCCACCCAAUCGCAUGUGCUGCGGCUCUCGAAGUUCAACGUAUCAUCCGAGAAGAGAACCUCGUCGAGAAUGUGAGCCGGAUGGGGACAUUGAUGUCUUCGAUGCUAAAGCAGAGGCUCGAUGCACAUCCACAUGUGGGCAACAUUCGUGGCAAAGGUCUUUUCUGGGGAAUCGAAUUCGUCCGCGACAAGGAGACAAAGGAGCCAUUCGACCCUUCGCUAGGUAUUGCUAUGCGUGUUCAUCAGAAAGGCAUCGAUCCACCAUACAAUAUCUCCAUCUACCCGGGGUCAGGAACCGUGGACGGGAAGAGCGGUGACCAUGUCCUUAUUUCACCAGCUUACAACGUCACUGAAGCCGACAUCAGGCUCAUAGUCGACACCACAGCGAGAGUCAUCGAGGACUUCUUUGCCGAAUUUUAAUUCACAGCUUGGAUCUCGAUUCCCGGAUACAAAGGUAGGUAAGGAAGACAUGCGGGAAUUGAAUAUAUAAAGUAGAGAGGAGUCAUAGGGAACGGUGAGUAUGGAUUCCAAUCUUCUUGGGUUGGCUCGCAGGUCAACGUCUGGAUUACGACACGGUAUCCAAGAAGCCAGAUAUUCCAGAUUUUGGAGUUUGUGCAGUAUCAUGGUAGUUCCUAUGAAUGGAAUAAAGUAGCAGCAAGUAGGGGUUCAUCGGUGCCCUAUGCUGCAUCUUAU